AUUGAUAUAUCCCAGGUGACUUCAUACGACUACGAUGCCCCUCUUUCUGAGGGCGGCAACUACACACCCAAGUACUACAAAACUCGAGAACUGUACCAAAAGUUAGUUGCCAGCGGCCGUUUUCCCAAGAUUUAUCUGCCUGAAGUGCCACCGGCGCCCCUGGCCCACGCCUACGGAACGGCAAAGAUUGAAGAGGUCCUGCCGCUGGAGGAACUCAUCAAGCACGCUCCUCGGUUUACCGAGAUGAAGAAACCCGUUCCAAUGGAGCUGCUGAACAUUGGUCAGGACUACGGUCAGCGAUUCGGUUUCAUUAUGUACCGCGUUGAGGAUCACGAAGAGCACGGCGCCAGCAACUACGAGGUAACCGGUCAUGUGAAGGAUCACGCCAUUCUUCUCGCUAAUGGCGAACCGGUGCACACCAUCAACGACGGGGCCAACGCCUUUCACCAGAAACUGCAAAAGAUGGCCUCCAGCAAGGUGCACCGCUAUGAUCUGCUGGUGGAGAACAUGGGCCGCGUCAACGGCGGUGAUCAGAGUAACCGCGAUCGAAAGGGCAUCCUCGAUGGGGAGAUCAAGCUAAAUGGAAAGGUUCAGUCUAACAUUACCGUCUACUCGCUGGACUUUAAUCAGACCUUUGUGGAGGGGCUAAAAUCGGUUCACGGGUGGGCAAAGUUUGACGCAGAUAAAAUGAUUAAACUGUCUGCUGCCCCGGCUCUUUACCGGACCAAGCUGACCAUCAAAGAGCAUCCGGCUGGAAUGGAGCACCCACAGGACACCUACCUGCAGAUGGACGGCUGGACAAAGGGCAACGUCUUUCACAAACCAGGCAGUGAACUGCACUUUAUUGAUCAUCCGCUAUUGGAGUGA